GGCAACUCGCAUCCCAAGCAAAAGUAAGUUAGGGACUGGCCAGGAAGACUCUGGCAAGAUUGCAUGCACAUGUCGAUCUCCUUGCGGCAUUCCAAUGACGUGUUGUUCACCGGUUCGUGUUACUUAUUCAAGUCGCCAGUUACUCGAGGGAUGACGUUCGCAGCGAUCGCGUCAUUCCUCGCCGUGUUCGCUGUCGCCAAUGUUGUCGCAGACUAUCAUGUGCCUGAGACUCAUUUGGGCGUGGACGAACCGGCUCCGGAUAAGGCAGGGGAUAAGAAGAAUUUGGAUGUGAUCUACGCGAUCAACGCUGGUGGAGAUGCUCACGUGGACGUGAUGGGAAUUAAGUACCGGAGGGAUCCCUUACACGGUCAGGUUGGGGCCGGUAUUGCAUCGGAUUAUGGAAAGAGAUUGCUCAUCGCCCGGGUUCCUCAAGAGGAUCAGAUCCUUUACCAGACGGAACGAUAUCACAGAUCCACGUUCGGUUACGAUCUUCCGUUGGCUGGAGACGGAAACUAUCAUCUCCUUCUCAAGUUCAGCGAGGUUUACUUCAAUGAACCGCGCAGAAAGGUGUUUGAUGUUGUCCUCAACCAUGAGCACACGGUGAUAUCCAACCUGGACAUCUUUGAUGAAGUGGGUCGGGGUGUGGCCCAUGAUGACGUGGUCCAUUUUACUGUAAGGAAAGGUGGGACAGUGCUCCAAUGGGAUGAAGAAGAGUCCAAUCUGGAUGAGAAUGGAAAGAGUGUGAGGGUGGAUUUUGUCAAAGGACCCUAUGACAACCCCAAAAUCAAUGCCAUUGUCCUUCUCAAGGGUGAUCCUGAUGCUGAAGUGCCGAAGCUGCCCCCCCUGGAAGAGGAAGAGCUUCCAGGAGUUGGAGAUCAAUCAUACAAGAAAGAGGAAUGGGAGAAGGUGACUGGAAAAUCCAAGUUUGCAUCUGGAUCCAAAAUUUCUGACCCAUAUUCAGGCGAUGACUCUUCCAUGAUGCUCCCCAUCUUUGUUGCCAUCGGGUGCUUCAUCCCAGUCAUCUUCUGCCUCUGCAAAUUAUGACCUCUUGCAUUGAUGUGGGGUAGAGUCCAAGUCCAGUCCUGUGAUAUUGACCCAGCCUGACCCUGUCAUCCAGUCGCACUCUUCUUGGAAUGGAAUUCAUUCGUGCCAUACUUGACUGCCCCAACACUUUCUCACAUGUGUGAUCAAGUUCUGUCUCAAGUUGGUUGUUAUCCUGCACAAAAUGUAGACCACAGUGGAACCAGUUGACUCGGACCCAAUGUUUCAAAAGACUAGAGGUUUUUUAAUUUAUUCAAUCAGGGUUUUCCCCCUCUCAUGAUGAUUGUCCCAGUGAAUGCCAGUUCCUUUGUUUUUUAUUUCAAGGUUUUUGUGAUCUCAGGUUUGGGAAACCUUUUAACCUUUUUUCUUUUCAUAUCCAAAGUCAAGGUUAUCCAUAUAUCUUUCAAGUCUGUAAUAAACCCAAUUUUGCUUUCUA